ACAGGAUUUGGUCAUCUGUUCUCCGGGAGGUCACCACAAUUACACAAAUUCCCGGAUGUGUCCGCGUUCUUCGGGCCCCGCCUCUGCGUCAUUUCCUGUUGCCCAGGCAGGUUCCUUUACAUUUCUCGGCCUCACCUCCCCUCGCCCCACCCCCGAGUCCUGAAGCACGGAGGACGGCUUCUGCUGAGGCGGGUUCCCCCAACACCCGGGAGGACAGGGUGUGGGCGGAGCGCCCAAGGAGGGGCUCCGAGGCCGUAGACCUCGCACAGAACGCCCUCGUUUCACCAAUCACAAAAGGGCACUGUUGAGCCCCGCGCGGGACUUCUGCGAGACGACCAAUUAACUUUCAGGGAAGAUCGGGCCGUUCUCAUUGGUGGUAAAGCACACUCCAACGUGAGUGAUGUCCGGUUCUUAUCGACUCAAUAAGAUCUUGCGGUAGGAGGGAGGGACUACUAUGGCGUAGACCAAUCACAGCUCAGAAAAGGACAUUUCUUAGAGAUAAUAGCCAACCAAGCAACAGAAAGGCCGGUGCCGUCGAGAAAAACCAAUAAAGCCUCAAGCGCAGGGGGAGCCUCCUUGAUUCUAACCAAUGGGGAGCGGGAGGAGGGGCUCUUGCGGGAAGUGGCUGCGGAGUGAGUCGAGGCUUGCGGGAGGAGCCACGGAUACGCGUCGACGUCGGGUGGCGUGGCUCCGUAGUCGGGAGGGCGUCCUGGCUCCCUCCCACGCCAUGUGGCGGUGCCUGGGAGCCCUAGUGUCCGGGCUGGCCCAGAACGCCCGUCUGCGCACCAGCUUGUCAAAGCGCUAUUUGUGCAGACCUGCCUCUGGCGGCCGAGCCACCAUCUUUGCCUUGUCUUCUGGCCAGGGCAAGUGUGGUGUGGCGGUCAUCCGCAUCAGUGGUCCGGCCAGCGGCCCCGCUCUUCUGGGACUCAUGGCCUCGAAGGCCCUUCCACAGCCCCGCGUGGCGACGCUUCGUCUGCUGCAGGACCCUGGCUCUUGUGAGCCCUUGGACAGGGGCCUCAUUCUCUGGUUCCCAGGACCCCACAGCUUUACUGGAGAGGACUGUGCCGAGUUCCAUGUCCACGGCGGGCCAGCUGUUGUGAGUGCUGUGCUGGGGGCACUGGGCAGCAUCCCAGACCUGCGGCCAGCUGAGGCCGGAGAGUUCACCAAGCGAGCUUUCCAGAAUGGGAAACUGAGCUUGACGGAAGUAGAGGGGCUGGGGGACCUGAUCCACGCCGAGACCGAGGCCCAGCGACGCCAGGCCCUCCGGCAGCUCCAGGGGGAGCUGGGACAGCUCUGCCAAGGCUGGGGAGAGACCCUGACCACGGCCCUGGCCCACCUGGAGGCUUACAUUGAUUUCAGUGAGGAUGACAACAUUGAAGAAGGCGCGCUGCAGAGGGUGGACGGUGCUGUGCGGGGCCUCCGGGAAGCCCUCCUGGCCCACCUGCAAGACGCCCGAAGGGGACAGCGGCUCCGCUCGGGGGCCCACGUGGUCAUUGCUGGCCCAGCCAAUGCAGGCAAGAGCAGCCUCAUCAACCUGCUGAGUCGGAGGCCUGUCGCCAUUGUGUCCCCCGAGCCGGGCACCACUCGGGACGUGGUGGAGUCAGCCGUGGACAUCGGGGGCUUCCCAGCCUUGCUGAGUGACACGGCGGGGCUGCGGGACAGCCCUGACCUAGUGGAGCAGGAGGGUGUCCGGCGGGCUCAGGAUAGGCUGGCUCAAGCCGACAUCGUGCUGGCCCUCCUCGAUGCCACAGACUUGGCCUCAGCCUCCAGCCGCCGCUUCCUGGAGACAGUGGUGACUCCUGGGGGACCCUCCCCCCCCAACCGCCGCAUCCUGCUGGUGCUCAACAAGGCUGACCUGCUGCCAGAGGGGAUGCAGCUCAGGGGGCCUGACCUGCCCCCCCACCUCCUGCUGUCCUGCAAGACAGAAGCCGGCCUGGAGGCUGUGCUGGCCUCCCUGAAGAGGGAGCUGGCUGCCGUGUGCGGUGACCCAAGUGUCGGGCCGCCAAUCCUGACUCGGGCCCGCCACCGCCACCACCUGCAGAACUGCUGUGAGGCCCUGGGUCGUUAUGAGCAAAGCAAGGGCCAGGACCUGGCCCUAGCUGCUGAGGAGUUGAGGGCAGCGCGCAAGCACCUGGGCCACCUCACCGGGCAUGUGGGGGCCGAUGACAUCCUGGAUGUCAUCUUUCGGGACUUCUGCAUUGGCAAGUGAGGACCGGAGGACUACGUUUGGGCCCCAGCGCCGAGGGGGCAAGGUCACAGGCGGGACCACGGAACAUCAGGGAGGCUCCUCAGGUUGUUCUCGGGUCUGGAGCUCUCUGUUUGUCGACAGCCGCCCCAGCCACACCAGCCCUGUCCCCCAGUCUGAGGCCUGGGCCCGCCUGGGCCCGCCUUCUCCCUGUUAGGCGCCCAUGGUGCCUUGGGAGAGGGAGGAGGAGAGACAGGGGAUUUCAGUUGGACACAAGCUCCUUCACGAGACUGAAGGAAGUGGCUUGGGCCUUUGAGGCCCUGCUUGGGCAGGGGAAAGGGCACUGCCUGAUAGUAAACAGGUUUUCUAAAAAUAAAUUGAAUUGCUAUCUUUUUGUCCUACA